CAAGUGUAUUAUGAAUAUGAAUCAUUUGUUUGAAUUGAACGUGUAAUUAUUUUUAGGGAUAACAUUUGAAUUUAUCCUGAUUCAUGUAGUAAUAAUGCAUCUAGACAUAAAAGAACGCAUUGAACAAAUUUAAUGCAUUGUCAAUUUCAAAUAUAUUUUCCAAAAAAUAUGUAAUUGUGCCUUCGAAAAUUUGUGAUAAUACCUUGUAAUCGAUGUUUUCCCGUAAAAUGAGACGGGAAAGUAAAGCAAAACUUGAACAUAAACUUUACUUGGCUAAAGAGACACCUGAACCCAUAUUUGAUUUGUCAGAUUGUGAUAUAAAGGAAGUUCCUCAAGGAAUAUACUCACUUUGUCGGGUAUUCUUAAAGGAACGUUUAUCAUUGGAAUCGAACUGCCUAUCUUCAUUAUCUGGUGGAGGAAUUUUAUCUGAACUACGGUUCCUUAAAAUUCUCAAUAUAAGUCAUAAUAAUUUCAUUACUUUACCAGAAAGUAUAGGAACCCUCACAAGUCUUCAAGAGUUCUAUGCUAGUCACAAUUCGUUGAAAGAAUUACCAGGUUCUCUUUGUGAUCUGGAAAAUUUGCAAAUAUUAGAUGUUUCUCAUAACAAGCUGAAACAAUUACCAGAUGAUAUAGGUAUUCUGCAAUACCUAAAAAAAUUAAAUUUAGUGAAUAAUCACUUAAAGCAACUACCUGCAAGUAUAUGUCAAGCCCAGAGAUUAGUGUGUUUGAAUUUAGAUCCAGAACAUUUUGAAUAUCCACCAGAGGAAGUGGUGAAAAGAGGACUAGAAGCAAUAGUACAAUAUUUAUGUGAAGACAUUGGGGUUGAGUAUAAGAAAAGAGAAAAUUUAUCAGAAGUUCUACUCAACGUAGAAAAGUCAGUUUCAAAUUUCGAAGAAGAUGAUAAAUCAUGGCAGGCAAAAAUAUGGGAGCUAGAAACAAUUAAGCAAAAGAAAAUUCGCCAAUUUCUGGAAAUUGAGAAACACAAUGACCUCCUUCAAAGACAAGAACUUGAACUGGCUAAUGCUCAAAGAUUGAAUAGAGAAAAGUUACUGCAUGACAUAGCUAAAGAACAGGAUGAAUUCGACAGUAAAUUAUAUAAAAUACAACAACUGAAGGAACAAGACAAAUUUCGAUUAAUAGAGCAGCUACACGAAGCUGAACAAAAUGCUUAUAUGGCCAUUGGACAGCUGCUUGCUAUCAAUAGAGAGCCACUUACUGCCAUCAUGGAGUAUGAGAAGCAGGAAGAAGAAAAACUUUUGGCUGCUGCGAAUGCACAUAAUGAAGAUUUGAAGAGAACUGAAAUUGUGGAAGCUAUGAGAAUUCUCCUGGAAGAGGAAGGUAUUCAAUUCGAAAAUAUCUACCAACAACGAGUUGAAAUGUCUAAAAGCAUACUUCAAAGGGAAGUUGAAUGGAAUAAUAAAAUAUCGGAAUUAAUGAAUAUGCACGAUUCAUCUAAGAAGGAGAUUGCAUCAAAACUGAUGUCCGAUAUGGAAUUGCAAAAAGCAGCCUUGGGUACUUUAUUAGAAAGAAAUGAUUCAAGAAGUUGGGGAAUAUUACAGCAAGUUUCUCUCGUAGAAUCUCAACUAGCUGCCUUAACACAAAUCGAACUAGAUAGGAGGAAACUCCAUUUGGAUGAACAAGUGAAAGAUUUUGCGGAGAAGAGAAUGGAGUUAUCAGCUCUAUUGAUGGAUCUCCUAGUACAACAAGAUAUAAGAAGAAGUGAGAUCUUAGAUACCUUGAAAACUCUGGAGGAUAAUUGGGAUAAAAAAUCUCAAGAUUAUUGGCUGAAUCAAUAUCAAGCUUUGCUCAAUAGAAUACCUGAAGGUAUAGCUAAAUGCCAAAAAAAUAUUGAUCCUCUCCUCGCUGAAGCUCUUCUUAUGAAUGGGGUUAUCCACUGUCUACCUCAUCUAGCGAAAAUUAUGCAGAAUGACUACGAAUUAGAAUAUGUUGAUGAAAAAACAUUAGUUGAAGCUGGAGUUUCUAGUAAACAAGAACGUCUCAAUAUUUUAGAUGCAUUUACAUUUUAUAACAAACAGAAGCAAUAUGGGAAGAAAAAAGGAGAAAAAGAGGUCCCUGAAACAACUGAUACUGGUCAAGGUCCUAGUGCGCCACCUUUGGAUCAUUUCGAAUAUGUGGGUGGAUCUAUGAACGAAUGUGUUGUUUGCAUGGAUAAAGAGUGCCAAGUGAUAUUUGUACCAUGUGGACAUAUCGUUUGUUGUUUAGCAUGUUCAGCGGUCAUUAACCUAUGCCCCUUUUGCAGACUGGAUAUUGAACGAAAGAUAAGAAUUAUAUUAUAGUCAUUAGAAUAUUUUUACCUUAUAUUAGAAGUUUCUCUUUCUAUUUAUACUGUUCUUAUAAUUCUGGAUUUUGCGAUUCCAUUCAAUUGAAUGAAAUACAUUUAAUUCAUUUAGUGUUCAAUUUAACGAUGCCAUUCUUUGUAUGUGAUGAAUACAAUUUUCACCAAUGAAAGCAACUUCUCACGUUUUGGUAUUUAAUGAUUGAAAGAACAAUAUUAAUAAAGAAGCACAAUAAAUCGAA